AUGGUAAGGCGGAACCUGGGUCUGUCCACUCGCUCCAUCUAUCUGGGCCUGGCAUGUUUGUCUCUCACUCUCCACCUCCUUCUGGCAUGUUUCUGCCUGUCAGUCCUCCAAACCGCCUGCGUGCUUCCCACCUCCCCCUCGUCCACCUCGUCUUCUAGUCCAAGAACAGAUACUCAUCACCAUCACCCCGUCUUACACUCCUCCUCCUCUUCUUCUGCUGCCUCGUCCUCGAAUAAAUUGCCAACCAGCCCCCAGGAUGAAGAUCGUCACAAGCUGACUGCGGACACGUUUGACCAUAAAGGGACUGGCUCGUUCAAUGACGUCGCCGGAAAGGCAAAAAAGUUCAAUGGAGCCGAUAAACUGAUGCGAAAGGAAAAGCUGGAGGAGCUGUUUAAGCAUCCGCUGUUCAACCUGCCACGCCCAGAGUUGCAACCGGACGACUGGCUGCUCAGAGUCAAGCCUGAUGAAGAUGUGAGGGAUCCAGAAAAUGAGGAAGAGGAGAUUGAGAACUUCAUCAUUGAUGAUAACGGGUGGCAGAGCGCCAGUCAGGAGGAAGGCUACGAUAAAGUCACCUGGACAACUGACAAAGAGACUCACCCUCCUUGGCUGCGGUUCCACCUGAGCAUCUCGCGCCGGGAGCUGUAUGACAGGAAAGACCCCAACCUGGCCCAGCUGACUCAUUACUUGGCAACUCAACCUAUACUUGGAGCUGUUCAGAAGGCAGGAGGCACACAGCUGAAACUGCUUGUAACAUUUCCAAAUUAUGGACAAGCUCUGCUCAAACUCAUGAGGCAAUCCAGAGAUGCAGAGACCGAUGUAAACAUCUUUUACUUCUCAGACUUUGACAGACACAAUGCAGAGAUUGCUGCCUUCCACCUUGACAGAGUGCUGGGUUUCAACAGGAUUCCUCCAGUGGCCGGUCGACUUGUCAACGCCACCACAGAGAUCAAAGAGGUGACCACUGACCGCAGACUGUCCAGAACCUUUUACACUUCCCCAGCUGGGAACGUGUGUUUCUAUGGCCGGUGUGAAUACUACUGUUCACCAGAGAACCCAGUGUGCGGGCGACCACAUGCCGUGGAAGUUUCCCUGGCUAGCAUGCUACCCGAUCUGUCCCUUGCUCCCCGCAGGUCCUGGAGGUCGCCAUGGAGACGAUCCUACAGCCUCACCAAGCUGGCAGAGUGGGAAAAGAACUCAUCUUACUGCGACACGGUGAAACAGACACCACCUUACAACCGUGGCACCAGACUGGUGGACCUCAUAGACAUGGUUGUGCUGGACUUCCUCAUGAGCAACAUGGACAGACACCACUACGAGACAUUUGAGAAAUUUGGGAAUGACACUUUCCUGCUGCACUUAGAUAACGGACGAGCGUUUGGAAGACACUCUCAGGACGAGCCGUCUAUUCUCAUACCAUUGAAACAGUGUUGCAGGAUUCGCCGCUCCACUCUCCUCCGCCUGCGUCUCCUGUCCCUCCCUGAGUUUCGCCUGAGUGAUGUCAUGCGUGAAUCGUUGGCUCGGGAUCCUCUGGCAGCAGUGGCUCCCCUCCUGUCUGAGCCUCACCUGUCUGCACUGGAUCGACGCCUCGCAACUGUCCUGAGAGCUGUCCAGACUUGUCAGGAACAGCACAACGAUGUCAUUUACAAUGAUUUAGAGAUGUGUGAUCAAUACAACGACGGGCAACCUGGCUGAGGAAAAUGCAAGAAAGUGUGACAAUGCACAUGGAGUAGUAAAAGUUCCAUGUUACAC